UUGACACGAGUUUGUAAUAACACAAACCGGAUUUUUUAUAAAAAAGAAGCUCGAGAGGCCCCUAUUGCCUGUGAGGCCUUUUUUGAGUCCUGCCGUGAACUCUGAACUGCACUAUUAAUAAGGUAUUCUAUUUUUGCAAGUGUACAGCUGAAGCUUCUUGUGCUUGUUACCAGACCUGGGCCCACUUCUUGAUGCAUCCCUGAGAAGCCCUGAGCUCCACUUUUAACCCAUUCCGCAGCCUGCGGUUGAGAAACGCUCGGUGACAGCCGCAGAGUAAAGCCACAUUGUGCCACUCCAUUGCCCUUUCCCAAUCUCAGUCAGCGGGUUGAUUUCAUUCGAAGCAUACAAAUUUUCUGGUAAAACUAAAAACAAAUUUUUGGCAUUAAAAAUAGUCCAAUCUGGCUAAAAAUGCAAAUAUGGCCAUGACAGAGCCAAGCGAGGAAUUGCUGGAUCGCCAUUUCAGGCAGCAGGUGGCCAGUUACAAGGAUGUGGACCAGUCGCGGGCCAAUCAGUCGGAUCGCCUGAUAAUAGCCAAGUGGAUGAAGGUGUUCGAGAGGACUCCACUCAGCCAGAAGUUGGCCCGAAAUGGUCUGAUGCUGCUGAUGCAUGGCCACUUGAAGGACUUUGGUUAUCUCAAGGAACCCUUCGCAGAUGUGCGGAAUUGCAGCAGGAAUCUUAAUGAUAUUUUGGACGAAUACAGGGGCGAAUCAUGCAAAGGGGCAUCUCUUCAGGACAAAAUCAACAGCUCUUCGUCUGUUAAAACUACCAAUAGAGUUUCGGAAACUCAAGCAAAGGAGCAGCAACGAUCCUCUACUCUUUCCCGGACUGCAUCCUUCAAAAGGACCUCCAGUCACAUUCUGCGCCCCAGGAAGCUGGAUCCAAUCCUGGAGGUUACUGAACCCUCGGAAAAAGAACGCACAACCAGCAGUUUUGCCAGCUUGGUGACGGUGAUCCGAAAAGAAGACUCCCGUUCCAAUUCUUCGCAGGACCCCUUGAACGAGACUUGCUUAAAGUGCGUUCAAGAGGCAAAAAGACAAAGUGUAAAGCAGAGAAUUCAAGCUCUAGAGGAGGAGCUUUCAAAGGACAAGCGGGCUACUUUAAGUACAAGAUCCUUGGAAAAUGUCAGAAAGUACUAUCGAAAGAGCUCAAGUAGUGAUGAGGACUCGGCCUCCAAUAUGCAACCAGAAUAUUGCCCUGUUAAAAGUGAAAUAGCCGAUGGCUCCAAGCCCAAGUCGCAAGAGCAACUUAAGAGGAUUACCAAUGUCAUAAAUCAGGUGACCCGUCGAUCAAGUGCUGUUAAUAGUCUAAAAAACUGUUUCGAAGAAAUGGCCGAACGUUUGAGGAACAGUUCCGAUGGUGAAAAUGGCUUACCCGUACCCAAAACAAUGAAUCCGCCACCUGUGCCCCCGAGGAACUAUCGAAGCUGCCAGGAGGAUGCUUCCACUUUGAUGCCCAGGAAAACUGGAGGUCAGUCCCUUCCCCCAAAUUUUUUCAAGGAUAAAACUGUUCAAGAUUUGUUAACUCGGCGGGAGGAGCUGCGUGUUCAGUGCUUGCAGUACUACAAGUCGGAUGGCACUCUGAAGGAUUUGAAGGACAUGCCUGCUCCCCGAAAUGAUACAAAGGAAGCUGAGCUUAGGGCUAAUGGCCUUAUAGUUGGAUCCUACAGAGCCUUGGAACGUUUAAAACGCUGGCGGGGAAAACCCAAGCAGCUGAAGUUCUUCAAGACCUGCUUCCGGGGAUGUGGAUUGGAGUACUCCGGGAAGUUGCAGGCACUGGAUCGAAGAUUUGAGCAGGUGGCUCUCAAGUGGCAACGGCAGAAGAUGCUCGUUUGCCGACGCAACACUUGGCGUCGUUACCGCAGGAAUAUGCUGGCCAAGAAACCAUCACCCACCAUUGCGGAUCUGCUCCAGAUGCGACACCAGUUGGAGCUGCAGGAGGAACUGCAGCGGGAGCGAAUGGUCCACCUAGCCAAGAUCAUAGAGCUUUGCAGGACCCACUGCAGCGGAGUCAUCCGAUCGGAUGUCCUUCAGAAGAUGCUCAGCCGCCUGGACGAAGAGUACGCCCAGCUGUCCGGAGAUCUCAGCUCAUUGUUCCGGCAGAAGGAGCAGCUAUUUCAGUAAAGGACCCUCCGAAUUCGUAACUUUCCUUGUACCUGUUUGUGUAGUCCCUUUCCACUUUUAACAACAUUAACACCGCCAGCUGCGCUGCUCAUUAAUUAAUUUAAAUACUACGCUUUAUUAAAUUAAAAA